CUGAUGUCGUAGUAUGGCUUUUGUCACGUGGUACUUGUUUCUGAUGCAAUCUGGACUUGCUUUUGCCAGGGUUUGUAGGACUGGUACAGGUGUACCGUACAUAUACAGGUGAAUCAAGGAGAUUUAUAUCUGCACUACAGGUGCAUUUCACUGUAAUACCAUUGUUGUUGAAAUCAUCAUUAAGCAGAAUGCCUUUCAGCACAGGAAUGGAUUCAACUGAACUUCAGAAUAUGAAUAGUCCAGAAGAUGAUGAUGAUGAAUCAAAUGAUUUUGUUGAAGACGAAGUGUCAAACGGUCAGAUAAGUGGACAGUAUAUGGAGAGAGAAAGUCGAAGAAGUCUUACAACCAAUCAUCUGGAUAAACAGAAAUGUGAUGAAUAUGAUGCUGGAACCACAUCGUUUAAAAUGUCAGUGUUCAACCUCAGUAAUGCCAUCAUGGGUAGCGGGAUACUAGGUCUAGCAUAUGCUGUGGCUAACACUGGAAUUAUUCUUUUUGUUUUUCUUUUAGCUUCAGUGACGAUACUUUCUGUCUAUUCAAUCCAUCUGCUGUUGAAGUGCUCAAAGGAAACAGGCUCGAUGGUUUAUGAAAAACUGGGUGAGCUAGCUUUUGGUACUCCAGGAAAACUUGCUGUUUUUGGAUCAACAUUUCUUCAGAACUUUGGAGCAAUCUUAAGCUAUCUCUUCAUAGUUAAAAUGGAGCUGCCUUUAAUAAUCAAGUAUCUUAUUGGUCAGCCUGAAACAUAUACGGCUUGGUAUGUAGAUGGCAGACUCUUUGUUGUAACCAUAACAGUAGUUAUUAUCCUGCCCUUGUGUCUUCUGAGAACACUUGGUUAUCUUGGAUACACCAGUGGCUUUUCCCUUGCCUGCAUGACCUUCUUUCUCAUAGCCGUAGUCUACAAGAAAUUCACUACUCACUGCCCUACUCUGGCAAUGAAUACAACAUCCCAUAAUGAAGAGUUUAAUGAUUCAAGCAACUACACAUGUGAACCACAGUAUUUUAUCAUAAAUUCAAAGACUGCUUAUGCUUUGCCCACCAUUGCAUUUGCAUUUGUGUGUCACCCUUCAGUACUUCCCAUCUACAGUGAACUUAAAGAACGUUCACAACAAAAAAUGCAGAAAGUUUCUAAUGUUUCUUUCCUCGCCAUGUUUACCAUGUACCUUCUGACUGCCUUAUUUGGUUACCUGACAUUCUAUGAUGGUGUACAUUCAGAACUGUUAUACACGUACCAUGACAGAAAUGACACUCUAAUGCUGAUAGUGCGCCUGGCUGUUGUCACUGCAGUUGUACUCACAGUUCCAGUUCUGUUUUUUACUAUCCGUUCGUCUCUAUUUGAACUAACUAAAUAUAGAAAAUUCAACUGGUUGUCCUACAUUAUAGUUACAAUACUUCUCUUAAUACUGCUUGACCUUUUGGUUGUGUUUAUACCAUCUAUAAAGGACAUUUUUGGCAUCAUAGGUGCUACUUCUUCAAAUAUGCUUAUUUUCAUCCUUCCAUCCUCAUUAUUCCUCAAGCUGGUUACACGAGAGACAAGGAAGAUCAAACAGAAAAUUGCUGUUUCAGCAUUCUUGGGAUUAGGAAUACUGUUUUCUUUAAUAUGUAUUCCUUUGGUCAUCUAUGACUGGAUUUAUGGCAAAGAUGCAGGUCGUGCUGACUGACUGAAUGAAUCAUUCCUGAGAAGUUUGUGACCUUCGUUGCCAUUGCCCAUGUCACCAAUCAAUACGUCAUCAUCAUUACUAAACAUCACAGUAAUCAUAUGUUGGUGUAAUAUAUUGUGACUGACUGCAAGCUGAGAGUUUAAAAAAGUAUUCUGUCAUAAAAGGAACAGUUACUGACAGUGUUAGUAUUUUUCUGUCUGUGGUGCUGUGAUAAAGCUAUAACACAAGACACUGGGCACUUCAGCAUAGCUUGACUAUGCUAAGUAGCUACCAAUAAACAGAUGUUCAGAGCAGGCUAACUCCAGAUAGAAGUUUAUUUUGUUGAGGUUUGAAGCACUGUAAUAUGGAAUAUUCAGGUAUAAAACACUGUGGUGAUAGCUCAGGUAAUGCUGGUCCAGUGUUCCUGUGGAACUCAGCAUUUCAGGCUAGGGAUUGGUAAGAUAAGGGAAGGUGCAGUUUUUGGUUAAGGAGAUAAUGUUCAUUAAUUCAUUGCUAGAUGAACUUGCAGAAAGCAUCAUAGACUGAUACGAUCACACUCUUGCCAAGUCAACUCCAUACUGUAUAUACUACCCAACAUUUAUAUCUACGGCACAUUGAAAAUGCAGAGAUGCUAAGUAUUUGGAAAAAUGGACAAUUCUGCUAAACGGUGUCUACCUGUACCCAUUCAUUCAUUUGAAUACACUAAUAAGUAAUCAAAUUACAUAGUAAUAAAUUUAUAUUAUACACCAUUUCUGAAAUUAGCCACGAAUAGUGACCAUUUGAUUUGGUAAACUGAUCUUUUUAGUAGCAAUUGUUGCAAACUCCAACAUUAAUUUGAAUGUGCCACUAUUCAGUGGUGAAAAAUCUAAGAUAAAGUCUUUAAUAAUAAAAAAGGACCUGCCUUUUUGGUCUGUAGAUAUCAGAGUAAGUACCUGUAGUUAAAGAGGUCUUUUAAAUAUCAACAAAAGAAAUUAUUUGCCAAAAAUUGUUGAGUGGUUUGAGUGCUAUAGACUACACUCAGAUGAUGCACUCCAUGAGGUGUAACAAAACAUGCACAAGCACACUGCAUCCCUGCUGUGGAAUGGCAUGUGAAAACAUCUGACUCUAGGAAAGAGUUAUAAAAUGAAGUUAUUUUUUUAAGUAAGAAAUCCAUAAAAUAUCUCGGGUAUAUAUUAGUAGUAACCAGCCCUUAUUCAUGGGUGAUAUAGGAUUUACCCACUUGGGCUUCAUAGUCAUGUGUAAAACUCACUAGCUGUAAAUAAAUCCUGCACCACCUGUAAUGAGGUUGGGAUGAUUAAUGUAUAAUUUAAUAUGUAAUAUCCUAACUACAAACCUAGAUAAAGGAGUUGAAUAAAAAAGCAAAUAUUUUAGGUAAAGUACUGUAUGUUUUGUUUAUUACACAUAUCAUGUCAUGAAUGUUACUUAUAUUGUAGUAGCAUCAGCAAAUAUUACUUAAAACUCUGACUGCAUCGUUACAUUUUUUCCCCAUUCAUUUUCUGCCGGUACCUGCCAACCAUCACUUCCCCGUUCUGCCUUUUGGCUCUAGUCAAUGGAACUACCAUCAGUCAUGGAGACAUUGGAGACUCAGAACUCCACAACUCCCUUAAUGAUGGUCCACUUACACUAGCACAUUUCCAAUGAUGUCCUGUUCCAACCAGAAAUAUUCUGCAUGGUUGAUACUAAUCACUAGAUAGCCUUGCAUUGUUCUGCUGCAACACCUGCCUUCCACCAGGUGUCACUGUUGCAGUGCACUGAGAUGCUUCCCAGCUGCCUGAGUAAGAAAGUAAACAUCAACUGCUCAUUGUCAUCCCCCUGCUGGCUACUCUAGUGCCUGGUUAUGUAUAGAUUCCUGAAUGUCUGGGCUGCAGUUAGCUUAUUCUUCUGUGCCAUGAAACCUGCUUACCUUCAUCAGUUAGCCUAGAGUAGCUAUCCUAAUCAAGACCUCAAAAAAUAGCCAUCUUCAGGCUCACACUGUCAGUAUACUUAAGCUCAACACAGUACCCACAUUAAACUAUCUCCAAAACACUUAAAAAAUAUACAUAGCCAAAAAGAAACCUACACACUGAGUGCUGGUCUACUCUGACAAUGACAAUAAUGCAGUAUAGCACAUAAAUUUCAACACAUUUCAAGAGUGUAAACUAAAAAAAUAUAUUUAAAAUGCAUGUCUAAUCACAUAUUGGCAUGUCCACCAUAAUUAAACAUUAGCUAUGACAGAAAGUCAUAUACAUUAGAAAUAACUUACCCUACUGCAAAAAAUAAGCACAUAAAAUACCUCACUGUUAUAGCAGGAGUCUCAAACUCAAAUGACUAUAAGGGCAGUAUGAGAACUAGCACUCUCAGUAGAAGGCCACGAUCUCCAAAACAAGAAGAAAGGUAGUCACUUCAGCUACAAAUGUAGUAAUUCGGUUGCAUUGUGCAGUCUGAGUUUGGGUUGCUUCAAAUUCUGGAUUGAGGGACAUUUUCUGCAGAAAUAGGCCAUUUCUUUGUCAGGUAGCAUGUGUUUGUUGUAGUUUCCUCAACUGUAGACGUUACUAUUUUUUCCAACUUGCAGUAGUUGUACAUUUUACUUUCUGUGAGAAGGUUUGAAAUGCAGUUUGUGAGGCUGUGUCAAAGAGUUUCCAAGAAGGAAGUUAGCUGUUUGCUAUUGUUGGCACUAUUAAAACAAGAGUCAAUGGUGAUAUGACCCCUCUUUUGUUUGGCCUCCCUACACAUGGUUGAUGUCUUAUGUUGUUGAUCACUAACUCCUCAGUCCCAUUUCUGAGAUUUUUUUAUUUGUCUUGCUGCUUGCUGUAAAAUAUACAUGAACUGUAUAUUCAGUACUCUUUUCUCCAUGAUUUUGCUGCUGUGGCAUUCAUAUAUGUAUAAGUAAUGGGGAUGUGGGGUGCACAUACAGUUCUUUACAGUCUGUUUCAGUAAGUUGUUGCUCAGUUAUUUAUGCUCUUGUUUUUAUAUUGUGCGGGAGGAGCACAAACAUGCUAAACAGGGUAAUGUGAAGUCACUGUCCAUCCAGGAUUGUUUUGGUGUCAGAAUGGAACUGAAUAAUUAGACAGAUUACACAAACACACACACACACACACACACACACACACACACACACACACACACACACACACACACACACACACAAAACCAGUACUUGUGUCACCAGCACCACAGGCGGAGUUAAACACAAAUAAUGCCAGCAACCCUUUCCAAGCGUGUGUGUGUGAGAGAGAGAGAGAGGCAGGGACCAUGCCUGCAUGUGCCUGUGUAUUCUGUCUGAGAAGCUGUAUGUCCAGACUGCCCUCAUUGCCUUUUUUAUCAUUGAUCCUAAACAUAUUUUUUUGCAUUGAUACUGUUGGAGGCUAGACAUUAACACCCCCCCAGAGAACAAGUGAAUUGCUGUUUGUUGAUAACACACUUGAUUUUAUAGCUCCUAAGCGUCCUGGCAUCAUAUGGAUACAUAUAGUAAGUACUCAGCUUGAUGGUUUAGUAACAUACAUGCUUUCAUAAAGCAUGUUGAUUAUCAAAAUCUUUGUCAUCUCUGGAUGCCAUUCAGAUGACAAUGAUAAGUCAAAGUGUAAUAAUAUCAUAAUAUUUAAGCAGAGGCACCUCUGCAUAAUGGAUACAGUACAUGACAUGCAGUUAUAAAGGCAAGUGGGCUGUUUUGCAAUUGUGAAUUUUCUCCAGAGCUUGGAACUGUUCAGUUAAAAAAAACAUACUCCUAAUUGUAAUCAUCUCUCUCAGAAAAGUCCAUCAAGGCAUUUGAUGUUUUUGUACACCAUUUGUAUGAUAACAAGCCCUUUGUCUUAGUCAAGCAAAAUUAUGGAAAGCACAGUAACUGAAUCUUUGCAGUGAAACUCGUAUUUAUUGAACUGUGUCAAUUGUAUGUAUUUCUGCACCAGUACUUUUGUAUAUAUGUAAUGUGUGUAUGUGUGUGUAAGUGGGCGCAAGUAUGUUAAUGUGUUCUAAGUUUUUAAAUGUUCGUGCGGAUGUGUGUAUGUAUUUAUAUAUAUAUAUAUAUAUAUAUAUAUAUAUAUAUAUAUAUAUAUGUAUAUGUGUGUGUGUGUGUGUGUUUAUAUAUGUGUGUGUGUGUAUACACUACCACCACUGCCAUUUUUAACUUGUAAAGAGUCAGCCAUUUUAUUGUUAUCCUUUUGUCAGUUUUAAGAUAUUUUGUCACAGUUAAAAUGUGACAUUCUGCAGCAAAAUAUCAACAAAAAUAGAGAUAGUCCUACUUUGCUUUAUGUUUGCAGAAAGAAAUAUAUUUUAUUGAUGUUUUCCUGAAAACGGCAUUAACCUGGCUUUUCUGAUUUUGAUAUUAACAUUUUUUAUAAACUGUAUGUCACAGAAUCUUUUUGUCCCUUAUAAAUAACAUCAUAACUAUUUUCAGCAGUGCCCUGUAAGUGGCUGUUGAAUUUCAUUUUUUUAACUAAUUUCUUUCCUUUUUAGGAUAUGGCUGUCUGCUUUUGAUGGUAUAGCAUCACCAAAACAAUCCUGUACCGGUGUGGAAAAAUUACUGGGGACUCGAAAUAGUAUAAUUUGUUUGUAAUAGGGGUGUUAGGUGUACUAAUACUCUUGAAUGCUUUCUGUAGCCUAAACAAAAAGCUGUCACAACAGGACAUUUCUGUGAAUUUAAUGGAAAUGUCAUUAGAUAACUGUAUUUUGAAGUAUCAUAGCUUCUAUAUUCUAACCAAAAGUUAACACAGUCUGCAUCUGUAAACUGAACACCUUUUCCUAGUCAGAAGUGUUUUACUUCACUUUUAGAAUACUAAUAAAAUCAGUUGUUCAGAAGUGAA